GGACGCUGGCCCCGGAAGUGGCGAGGGCGGGGUCAACACUGCCGAGUAAAGUCCUCUGACUUGGGAAGAUGCUGCUGGACCUUUCGGAGGAGCAUAAAGAGCACCUGGCCUUUCUGCCGCAAGUGGACAGCACGGUGGUCGCCGAGUUUGGGCGGAUUGCGGUGGAAUUCCUGAGGCGAGGCUCGAACCCCAAGAUCUACGAAGGCGCCGCCAGAAAACUAAAUGUGAGCAGUGACACUGUCCAGCAUGGUGUGGAAGGAUUAACAUACCUCCUCACUGAAAGCUCAAAGCUUAUGAUUUCUGAACUGGAUUUCCAAGAUUCUGUUUUUGUUCUGGGAUUCUCUGAAGAAUUGAACAAAUUAUUGCUUCAGCUUUAUCUAGACAACAGAAAAGAGAUCAGAACUAUUCUGAGUGAAUUGGCACCAGACCUUCCCACUUACCACAGCCUUGAAUGGAGACUAGAUGUACAGCUUGCAAGCAGAAGCCUCAGGCAACAGAUAAAACCAUCAGUGACUAUAAAGCUACACCUUAAUCAGAAUGGAGAUCACAACACCAAAGUUCUGCAGACAGACCCAGCCACUCUGCUCCAUUUGGUUCAGCAAUUGGAACAAGCAUUGGAGGAGAUGAAAACAAACCACUGUAGGAGAGUUGUGCGCAAUAUCAAGUAGUUCCAGUUUUCAGGACUGGAAUCACUGAAUCACUCACGUAUUGAUAAUGCGACAGUUACUUUUUUAAUUUUUUAUUAAUUACAGUGAUAAAUACA